UCGACCGUACGACCCCGUAGAAUAAUAAAAUUAUUUACAGUCCACAAUUAAGUGUUUUUCGGUGGAAAUAAAUUUCGCUAGUGACCGUAUCACAAACUGUAUUAAUUCGCGUUCCGAAUAAGUUUCCGCGGGUGCAAACGGGAAGAUUCCCAACAUUUUGGUCCCGCCGAGCCGGAUUUGUCGGGCCCGUUGAGCAAUUUCAGUGCGUGAAUUGUGUGUGAUAUCGGCCAUCGAGCUACUGCGGACAAUAUACCGAUUGCUAAUUGUUCGUGCCACAUGGCUGCUAUUGUUGCGGCUUCAUCAUCUAAUAGUAGUUUAUUCGAUAACACUCACCAUCGACGGAGCAUCCGUCAAUCAUUCAGUCAGCACAAUCGUCAAAGUCAUCAUCAUCAUUAUCAUCAUCAUUACUGUAACAGCCACUACUACCGUCGACGAUCUACGCGAACCAUCAGCCGAGGCGGGGGAGGUGGAACACCAGCUUUGGGUCGCGAUGAAGCACUUCAUCAGGACUGUUGCGGCACCAGCGGCAUCGGCAUUUCCAGCUGCAGCAAUCAAAACAAUAACAAUAACGGAAACACUAACAACAGUGGGCAUGGCAGCCUCCACCGGGCAACAUCGGGCGGUGGCAGUGGUAAGCGUUGUACUUUUGCGGCGACCACGACCACGAUUCCGAGUACUAGCGGCGGCGAUGCCAGCUGCAGUAGCAGUCGAUUUAGCAGCGGUCGCAAAAACCCAAUCAGACCGCCACCCACCACGGUUCUAGUGAGUCACGGUACACGAGAAUCGAUGCAAUUUGAUGACAAUCCACAUAUUACGGUGCACAGCCAAAGCUCAAACAGCAGUACCUCGACGCUGAGAAUUCUCGAGUGAAUAACGGGUAUAGAAGCUUGAGGGAAGGUGCACUGUGACAACACUUUACAGAGAAUGUGAUUGAUCGAGAAGUAUUUGAUGAGAAUAAGUAGCGUUUUAUGAUGGAAUCGUAACUUCCGUAAUGGUACGCAAUGUCGAUACUUUUAGUCCUUCGACUGCAUUCAAAAUUAUUGAUCUGUGAAAAAAACUUAUGUUUUUGAAAGCACUAA